CCUACUCCAUCUCCACCUCCGUCUCCAUCCCCAUCUCCGCCUCACCAGCAGGCUCCCAAUCCAGCAGGGGCUCAUCUUAAAAUCGUGCUCCAAUUCCAGAGUCUAACUCCGCUAGAAUUUCAUGGGACUGAAGGGCCCGAGGCUGUGGCGGAGUGGAUCCGUCAGUUAGAGCAGAACUUUGACCUCCUGCAGUGCUCUGACGAGCAGAAGUAUUAUCCUCAGGGUUAUCGAUCGAGGAUGGAGCGCGCUUUUUGGGAUCUUACCCAGGGGACUGGUACCGUUGAGGAGUACGAGCGGGAGUUCACCCGCAUGAGCACCUUUGCUCCACAUAUGGUGGACACUGACCUGAAGAAGGCUCACAAGUUCCGAGAUGGGCUGAGUCAAACUCUUCGUAUGCAUGUUGCUAGCCAGGGAAAUAUUUCCUUUGAUGAGACUGUUAUCCGAGCCACCCAGCUGGAGAGUUAUCAGACUCUCGAUACUUCUGUCCCUUCUGCUCAGCUAGUCCAGCCUAUUGCUUCUGCACCGCCCGGCUCUAGUUCGGGUAAGAGAAAGUUUGAUUCCCGUCGGGAUAACCGGAAGGGAAAGCAUGGCGGGAAUGAUCGUCGCGGUGAGCACCCCACUGCCCAGAGUCAGAAUCCGAAAUGCCCUAAGUGUGGCCGUUAUCAUCCUGGAGAUUGCCGUUUCGCCCAGAGG